GAGGAGACGAGGACCGAAGAGGAAGAAAAAAGGAAUAAAACACAGGAAGAGAGAGGAUGGACAGAUGGCGAGAUCUGUCAGCUAUUUUAUUAUUUCAAUCCGGGGAAAUGCACUUAUUUAAUAUUCAACUAACUAGUUAACCGGCCAACUCACUCAUCGCUCAUCACUCAUCACUCACAGGUGGUACUGUGCCUAGUUACAUCUUGGCCAGCCCGCCCCCGUUCGUUCAUGGCACAACGCAGCAGCCGGAUAUCCCACGCCAGGCACUUCACUACUAGGCUAGGAGCUAGUCGUUGUAACUCUUCAUACCAAGUGCCAGUCCCUUCCAAUACGUCAGCGGGCAUCAAGUCACCGCUUACGGAGUACCGUGAUCCUGAUCACAAACGACGUUGGACGGGGCGGGCCAGUGAGGCGGCCACCUGGUGGCCAUACUAUACAGUCUACGGCGCAUACCUUUCCCUGGUCAAUGGCCGGCAAAGCAUUUUAGGCUGGGCUUGAAGAAGUUAUUAUUAUAUGGCCAUGGUAGGUCGAUGUGCCAGUUACUUGUCGAUCGUUGUAUUUGUAAGAUCCUGCAUGUACAUGUACCUCUUGUACCUGUGCCUGUGCCUGUGCUAGGUUACUACUCCCAACCUUCCUCAUAUUUCUCUACGGAGUACAGCUUGCGAGAGCGGAAUAUACUGAUGUGGUCGGCAGGCCGCUGCUGGAAAGAAAUCCAGGGUGGUGAUGACACAGUCUACCUUUCUUCCGCCUUAUUUCCCUUUUUUAACAUUUGUUUACUCUUCUUUAUAAUAACUAUUAUUAUUACUCAUUUCUACGGAGCAACCAGGGGGAGACAAUAAUAAUUCCUUGCUUUGCUCUCACCGAAAGCGUGAACUCUCAAAUGAGGCAAUGAGGUCACAUCAAUCGCCCGCAAAAAGAAAAGCCACUGGCCAAGGCUUUAAAAAGCUGAUUAUUAUCGUGCGGAACUCCGCCUUUGCCACCAGCGAAAAAUUAAAAUACAGCGUAAAUGGCUUUGAGGCCCUUGUCUCGAAAAUAUGCAGGUGAUGCAGGCGGAUCUUGUUUUAGACUGUAGUUAAAGGCAACUAAUUCAUUAAGUUAACUAACUAGUUGGCUACUGACUAAUUAGCCAAUGGUUCUGCCCAUACUUGCUCCUGCUUUUUUGGCUAUGAAGCCGAGGUUUUAGGCGCUAUUUCGGUGUUUCUUUGGAGGGUUGGGGGGGGAUGGGGGAUGGGGGAUUGGGGGGUUGGUUGGUGUGUUUCUUUGAGCGGCCGUUUGAUAUUCCAAAUACUCCAUCUCCUUUGUGGUUGAAUUUUUUUUUUUUUUUCGACGCACAAGUAUUGGGAACCUGCACGGCUGCGACGGAUAAUAGGCAUUUUACCUACUUAUCUUGAUGCAAUGUUUGCUCUUGGUUGGUCUCGUCAAAAGAAGCCAUACUUUAUCAUUCGAGGAGAAGGGUCAUUCAAACAAAAAGAAACAAGUGGCCAUGCACCUGUUUUACUUCAGUACAGUUCUAAAAUAUACCCGGCCUAUUUAUAAAUCCCAUGGAAGAGCAUGGCUAUGGUUUUGGGCGGAGGAUAGACAUGGACAGCUUUUGAAGGUCAAGAAGGGAUGGACUUAUUGGCGUGCCAUCUCUAGAAAUCAUAAAACUCUUCUCUUCUCAGCGAGCCCUAAAGCUUUUGGAGCGAGAGAUAUCAGAUCGACCCUGAUGCCCUCAGCGUAACCCUCGCCUCAGCGCGUGGUUGUGGAUGAGCACGAGGGAUGAGUAGAUCCAUGCAAAGUACUUGGUGUAUUCUUCCCCCCCAUCACAGACCAUGAUUAAAGAAGCCAGUAGAGUUAAUUACCUAGCUCAAUCGCCCUCGUUGCUUCACUGAAAUGUAU